AUGGACGAUGAAUCAAAUACAGAUGACAAUGGAAAAACACCAACAGCUAAAAUUCCUCAGUAUCAGCAAAGUCUCAUUGUCUAUGAAAAACAAUAUCCAAAGGCUAACGAUGAGCCAAAGCCUUACAACGAUGAUUCACAAUCCGGUGGGGGUGCUCCAAAGACAAUGGAAGAGCAAGAGAAAAGCUAUUCAAUUGAUUUGAAUGAAACUGCUGAUCCAGGAGAAUCUAUAUCGGAGGAGAACUAUGUUCAAACAAUUACCGAAGUGAGUGUGGUUACUGGAAAGCCUAUGGAAAAUGACGUAAACAUAAUAGGAAGAACCUUCAAGUCUGACGAUGAUGCAUAUGAAUUUUAUAAUGCUUAUGCAAGGACAGUUGGAUUCAGCAUGAGAAAACAAUCUGCUUCAAAAACAAAAGCAGAUAAAGAAGUUAUGGGAAGGAUAUUUUGUUGUUUGGGUGAAGGAGAACGCGAAAAACACCCUAGGGGGACACCAACUAAACCUCGAGCGCUGACGCGAACUGGUUGUAUGGCAAGAAUGCAAAUUAGGAUUAAUGACGACGAAACAUAUUCUAUUGUGAGUUUUGUGACGGAGCAUAACCAUGAGCUUUCUUCCCAAGAUAAGGUGCAUUUGUUGCGAUCACAAAGAAAAAUACAACCUGCUCAAGCUACUUUAAUAAAUAAUAUGGUUUCUGCAGGAUUUGGAGCAACUAGGAUUUUUUCGUAUAUGAGCGAAGAAGCAGGAGGGCCGCAAAAUCUUAAUUUUACUCAAGAAGAUUGUAAUAAUUUGGUGCAGGAAAAACGUAUUGAUUAUCUAAAAGUAGGUGAUGCGAAAGUUCUUUUAGCUUAUUUCAAAAGAAAUCAAAAAGAAAAUAAGUCAUUUUUCUACACUAUUCAAGUUGGCGAUGACGACCGUAUUAUGAAUUGUUUCUGGUGCGAUGCUAAAUCUUGA